AUGAUUCAGGCUCUCACCCAUGUCUUCGUGACUGAAGGGUUGUCCUGGAUGAUCACACCCAGUAAUGGCACGCAGUUCACAUCAGCAGUUUUUCAAGAUUUCUGUGUUCACAACAGUAUUGCCCACCACAUGUCUAUAGCAUUACACUCACAAUCAAAUGGGGAGACAGAGGGUAUGGUGCACACCUUUCAGAUGGAGAUAAAAAAACGUGCUUGCACUGCAAAAGUGAUGCCUCAUACAUUGAUAAUGGAAGAAAAUUUUGUUAACAUGCAGCUGCAGUCAUGUCACCGUUGCUGCCGCAGAGCCGCCUGGGUUGACCUCGUGCCCUCUUCAGUCACACCAGUCCAUCUCUGGCAGCAGUCCUCUCGCCAGCUUGGCAUUCCACCUUUUUCCACUGAUACCCAUAGCACUAGCUUCCUGAAGGGAAGGGAGUGA